CUGACGCCACACUCCCCGGCCGGAGCCGCGCCGCCGUCAGCCUCCCGAGAUGGGCCGGGCCCAGCUGCUCCUCGCCGUGGCCCUGCUCUGCGGCCUCCCGCGGCCCGGCCCCGCCGCCCGCCCCAUGCCCACUCUGGCGGACAGGAAGCUGUGCGCGGACGAGGAGUGCAGCUACCCCAUCUCCGUGGCCGUGGCUCUCCAGGACUACGUGGGGCCCGACUGCCGCUUCCUGUCCAUCCAACAGGGACAGGUCAUCUACGUCUUCUCCAAGCUCCGGGGCCGGGGGCGGCUCUUCUGGGGGGGCAGCGCGCAAGGGGCCUACUACGGAGACCAGGCCGCCCGGCUCGGCUACUUCCCCAGCAGCGUCGUGCGGGAGACCCGGCCUCUCAAGCCGGGGAAAGUCGCCGUGAAAACGGACCAAUGGGACUUCUUCUGCUAGCGAGACCGGCCCCAGCUCCGGCAGCCGCCGACCGGCCCGCCGACCUCUCCUCCUGCCCUCCUGGGGCCUGGGGACCCGAGGAUUGACGCUUCGCAAACAUCAAAGCGCUUGUGUCACUGAA